AUGAAGCCGUCUUACAUAUUUUUGAUAAAUGACUAUGGAUUGUAUAAUUACGAAAGCAGUCCACCAUACGGACACGGCUAUGAACAACAAAUUCAUGAUACUGGCAAUUACGGAUACCAUGCAUUUGAUCAUCAUAGUCCAGAUAAUUAUCACUCUGGUUAUCACAGUCACCACUUAGACUAUCACGACGGACAACACCAUGUGGGUUACUUCAAUAAAAACUACGAUCACACUCUGCUAGCUAAAACAAUACUAUGGCCAUUAGCUGGAAUUGCACUUCUUGGAGCAGCAGCCUCCCUUAUCAGCAACCCAGUCUUACUUCAACUUGGUGUAAUCUCCGGUCGACGAAAACGACGUGAUACUGAAGAAGUAACAGGACCUGAUUUAAAUGUAGAUUUCAAUAGAUUACCUCAAAAUCUAGUAAUUAUUAAAAAAAUUAAUACAGAACGGAAGAAAGAUAAUUUACGAUUGUAUUUAAAUAAUUUUCCUGCAAUGAAAGGAGUCUCAAUGGAAAAUAGAAAACAAGCGCUAGAAAACGUCGCUUCUACAGAAACGUCUGUGUCCGAUAGUAGUCUAGAUAUUCCUAAGAGAAGCUCAAAAUUUACGAGAGAAGAUAAUUUCAUUCCAAUACCACUAAAAAUAAAACCAACGUAA